AGAACAGCAAUGGCAAACGGCUCGGCAGUAACCGAGUUCAUUCUGGCGGGCCUGACAGAUCAGCCCCAGCUCCAGCUGCCCUUCUUCUUCCUCUUCUUACUGAACUACCUGGUCACCGCAGUUGGAAAUUUCAGCCUCAUUAACCUGAUAGGCCUGAAUCCGCACCUCCACACCCCCAUGUACUUUUUCAUCUUCAACCUAUCCUUCAUAGACCUCUGCCACUCUCUGAUCAUCACCCCGAAAAUGCUGAUGAGCUUUGUGGCCAAGAACAUCAUCUCCUUCGCCGGGUGCAUGGCUCAGCUAUUUUUUUUCUGCUUCUUCGUCCACACCGAGUGCUACGUGUUGACGGCCAUGGCCUAUGACCGCUACAUGGCCAUCUGUAGGCCCCUCACGUACACCACCACCAUGUCCCCACAGGUCUGCUCUCUGCUCAUGCUUGGCUCCUAUAUGCUGGGGUUCGCCGGAGCCAUGGUCCACACAGGGGGUAUGCUCCGACUGUCCUUCUGUGAUUUGAACGUCAUCAACCAUUACAUGUGUGACAUAUUCCCCCUCCUCCAGCUCUCCUGCAGCAGCACCCACGUCAACGAGCUGGUGGACUCCGUCCUCGUGAGCACCGUUGUAAUCGUGUCCAGCGUCAUCAUUUUCAUCUCUUAUGCUCUGAUCCUCUCCAAUAUCCUUCACAUGUCCUCCUCCCAGGGCCUGUCCAAGGCCUUCAGUACCUGCGGCUCCCACAUAGCCACCGUUGCGCUCUUCUACGGGUCCGGGAUGUUCACACAUCUCAAGACUUCCUCAAACGGUUCCAUGAGCCAGGGCAGGUUCUUCUCGGUGUUUUAUACUAACGUGGUGCCCAUGCUGAAUCCUCUCAUCUACAGUCUAAGAAACAAGGACGUCAAGCUUGCUUUGAAGAAAACCCUGGCGAAAAUUGCAAGCUAA